AUGUUCUCAAUUAAUGAACAUGUCAAGACUCUUGACUACAAAGUGUCGAGGUCGACUUUUGGCAGAGUAUUUCGACUCGAUGGAUCUGGUCAUCCCAAGGAGCGGAAAGGCUCCAAGUUCUUCACUGAGAUUCGGGCUGGGCUUACAACAUUCUUUACAAUGGCAUAUAUUAUAGCAGUCAAUGCUUCAAUUACAACCCAAAGUGGCGGUACUUGCAUGUGCACUGACAUCGUCGACAAAUCAUGCGCGACUGAUGUUGCCUACAACGCUUGUUUGAUUGGUAUCAACAGAGAUAUCAUCACUGCAACAGCCGUCAUUGCAGGUAUUGGCUCUCUCGCAUUCGGCUUCUUCACAAACCUCCCGGUAGCCCUAGCUCCUGGUAUGGGCCUUAACGCAUACUUCGCAUAUCAAGUUGUGGGCUAUCAUGGGACUGGUAAUGUUUCGUACAGACUUGCCCUCACCGCAGUGUUUGUGGAAGGGUUUAUCUUUAUCUUCUUAUCCUUGAUUGGCAUGCGUCAAUGGCUUGUCAAAGUGAUUCCAGCUUCGGUGAAGGUUGCCAGCGGUGUUGGCAUUGGAAUGUUCCUGACUGAGAUUGGGAUGUCAUACUCUGGCAUCGGACUGAUUACUGGUUCUCCAGUCACACCCACUGACAUUGCUGGCUGCCCACCGCAAUAUCUCGACCCAGUCGCGGGAAAUUGCAGAAGUCAUAAGAUGGCCAACCCAACAAUGUGGAUCGGAAUUGUCUGCGGAGGCAUGUUGACUGCUUAUUUAAUGUCUUAUCGCGUCAAAGCAGCCAUAAUCAUUGGAAUAUCAGUUGUUUCCAUCUUGUCUUGGCCCCGAGACACUCCUUUCACUUAUUUCCCUCACACCUCUUCUGGCGAUAGCAUGUUCAACUACUUCAAGCAAGUCGUCGCUUUCCACCCCAUCCAACACACACUCGCUGCACAAGAUUGGAACAUCGGCCAAGCCGGGGCCCAUUUUGCGCUGGCUCUCUUCACAUUUCUUUAUGUCGAUAUAGUCGACGCUACCGCAACUUUAUACUCAAUGGCCCGCUUCUCCGGCGUCGUCGACCCCGAAACAGGAGAUUUCCCGCGCUCCACACUAGCUUACUGUUGCGACGCAAUCGCUAUCUCCAUCGGCUCGCUCUUCGGUUGCUCGCCCGUGACAGCUUUCAUCGAGUCCGGCGCCGGUAUUACAGAAGGUGGCCGCACCGGCCUCACCGCCAUGACAACAGGAACCUGCUUCCUAAUCUCCAUCUUUUUCGCGCCGAUCUUUGCCUCAAUCCCUCCUUGGGCCACAGGCUGUACGCUCAUUCUGGUCGGAUGCAUGAUGAUGCGCCAAGUGACUGCCGUAAACUGGAAUUUCAUCGGUGACGCAGUCCCAGCAUUUGUCACUAUCGUCACGAUGCCGUACACCUACUCCGUUGCGUACGGCCUCAUUGCUGGUCUUUUCACUUACGCGGUUCUUAACGGGAUGAUAUACAUCACGAAGGUCGUCACGAGAGGCAAGGUACAGCCUCCCGAUGCGGAUCUCGCGGAAUACUGGACGUAUAAACCGGGAGGCAACCCGCCAUGGUUUAUCAAGGCUGCGCAGGGGAAGUUGUGGAAUAAGGGAAGAUUCUACAGUAUGGAUGGUCAGAGCGUGGCGGGGGGGACGGAGGCGAGUGAGAAGGAGUUGGUUGAGGGUCCCGCGAUGAGGGUUGCGACCAGGGAUACGCAUGAAGGUUAA